AUGGGAGUUAGUGUUUCAAAGAUUUUUGCUAGAUUAUUCGGAAAGAAGGAUAUGAGAAUUUUGAUGGUCGGUCUCGAUGCCGCUGGUAAGACCACCAUUUUAUAUAAGCUCAAGUUGGGUGAAAUCGUUACCACCAUCCCAACUAUUGGUUUCAACGUAGAAACUGUUGAAUUCAAGAAUAUCAAUUUCACUGUAUGGGAUGUCGGUGGACAAGAUAAGAUUCGUCCAUUGUGGAGACAUUAUUUCCAAAACACUCAAGGUCUUAUCUUUGUAGUCGACUCGAACGAUAGAGAAAGAAUUCAAGAGGCCUGUGAUGAGCUUCAAAAGAUGCUCAAUGAAGACGAGCUUCGUGAUGCCGUCCUCUUGGUAUUCUGUAACAAGCAAGACUUGCCAAAUGCCAUGAGUGUUGCUGAAGUCACUGACAAACUCAACCUCCACUCACUUCGUCAACGUAAAUGGUACAUUCAAUCGACUUGUGCCACCUCUGGUGAUGGUCUCUAUGAAGGUCUCGACUGGUUGUCCAACACCCUCACUGCCUCAAAAUAA